UCAUUCGUAUACUGAGUUCGUAGAUAAACGACUAAAGUGGACGGAGUUGGUUGCGUUUGUGAAUUUGGCAACGGAUACGUGGAAAAUUAACAUUUUUCUGAAAAUAAUAAAUUUUCUGUUUUGUAAAUAAAAUUAAAUACAACAACGAAAAUGGCUCCACCACAAAGGAUGCGUGUUGCAAAUGAAAAGGCCAGCAAAUAUGUCACAAUGCGAGGAAAUGUACCAAAAUCGUCGAAAGUAAAAGAAAACCAAUAUCCAGUUGGUCCAUGGUUACUGGCAUUGUUCAUUUUUGUUGUUUGCGGAUCUGCUAUAUUCCAAAUCAUUCAAUCAAUCCGUGCGGCGUAAAAGUUUAUCUCCAAAUUCUUCAUCAUUCUUCGCAAUAAAUCACAGCAAAAACACAAUCAGCGAUAUUUACAAAAGUUAACUGAAAUCAUGAAAUUCCCUUAUGUGCUAGCGAUCACUAAGCAAUUUGCAGAACAAUUUAUGGAAUCGAACACUGAACUUACCUGAUCAGAUAUUGGCGUGUAAUUUGGAGGAAUUGUAAAAACAAUAAAAUUUGAUUAUAAUGUAA